AUGCGCGAAAAAUUUCAAACCCGUGUUGAAGCCGGUAGUGUUUUGGCUGGCGAGGUAGCGAGAAAAUAUAACAAUGUUAACAACGAUGUUGUCGUUUUGGCAUUACCAAGGGGUGGCGUACCGGUGGGCUUCCAGAUUGCUCAACGAAUCAGGGCUCCAUUGGAUGUCUUUUUGGUCAGGAAAAUUGGUGUGGAGGGUUAUGAGGAAUUAGCCAUGGGUGCCAUUACCGAAACCUCCAGAAUCUUUAAUGAAGAUAUAAUCUCAAUGCUUCAUAUUGACCAAAAAUCAAUUGACCGCGUCAUUCAACGUGAGAUGACCGAACUGCAAAGACGUAAUCAAAAAUACAGGAAGGGAAAGCCGGCUCCCGAUGUCACCAACAAGAUCGUGAUUCUCGUUGAUGGCAAACGGAAUUGCUACGGGAGCGACGAUGAGGGCCGCCUAUACGUCCUUGAAAAAACUAUUAUAGUCGCAGUGCCAGUCGCCGCUCCGGAAACUCUGAAGAAGAUGGGAAAAGAGGUGGAUGACAUAAUUUGUCCAUUGGUACCUCGUAGCCUAUCAGGAAUUGGAAAAUGGUAUCACAAUUUUUCUCAGACUGAAGACGAGGAAGUCUUGGCCUUGCUAGCCAAAGCCGAGGAGAUCUGUCCCGUCUCCACCAUCUCCGCCGAGGACACCGAAAAAUAUCAAAGUGAAACCAUCUUGGAAUAG